CACUCGGUCAGGAAACAAAGAACAGGGUAUGGGGCGCAUGAAUGAUCUGCAAAGACAACAAAAGCACCAAGAAAAUACUUGAGUCCCGCCCUGAUUCGAUUGUCUGUUUUAAGCGUUAGGCUAGUUUUUUUUUUGCCACAAACAACUUUCAUUGGUUAUGCUUUCGAAGCGCUCAUAGCCUAGACUCGGCUGGUUUAUGAAGUUUAGCCUAUUGCAGGCUACGCGCAAAGAUGUAUCACAGGAGACCGAUGAUUUCAACGUAGGCUGAAUUGACGCCCAAAGGCAAAGAUCACACUUGGAAAAAUAAAACGAAGACCAUAAUUUGCCUGAGAAUAUCAGCAUUACGGACACAUUUCGUAGCUAUUCGCAGAUAAUGAUGACUAUCCCUGUUUGACCCUUCAUCUUGCUGCCCAUCCUUGGGUCAGCCAGGACAUAUCACUGCAAUCAAAAUGUCUGCCUCAGAGUCUGCGGUCUGCGCCCCCUUGUCCACUCUCCCUCCCAAACCCGAGCUCAAGCCGCGGCCGCCGCUCCCCUCCAAGCUCACCCCGGAUCCCCCGCCGAUGGAGAGGGGCGCCCCGACGAGGACUUCUGGGAAGGUGAAGAAGAUCGUCAACAAGUUCAACCAGCCUGAGCCUCAGACCUCCCCGGCCUCAGGCCAAAGCCCAGCACCAGUGACUGGGAACGCCGGGAACGCCGGGAAUGCCGGGACCAAUGGCUCCACGGGAGCGGACAAGACGAGCCCGCAACGGCAGGCGCCCGAGGUCCGGCCGAAACCCAGAAUGCCUCGGCCGACGGCCGCGGCCAAUCAGGCGCCCCCGUUGCCCAUGAAGAGGAGCCGGCUCCGCAAGAACCCCAACGUGGGCGUGUACGGGAACACGCCGGGGGGAAGGGCGAGGAGCGGCUCCAUGCCCGUCAGUCUGGAAGACGGCCGAUCAGCUCCUGAUGGGAAGGAGGGAGAGCUGCUGUCGUCUGCGGGCCCAGACGCUCCCGCCGGCCCUCGGUGCGAGCGGAAUUGCAGCUGCAUCUGCCACCUGCAGCGGCCGGGGAUGAAGCUGGUGUGGGUCCCCCUGGAGGACGGGGAGGAGGAGGAGGAGGAGGGGGACUACGCGGAGAAGGUGGCGGACAUCAGGGGAGAGCUCGGAGAGGAGGAGAGGGGAGGCGAGGGUGCGAGCGAGGGAGGGGAGCACCAGGACACCGGGGAGGAGGGGGAAGGACUGGGAGCGGAGUUUGACGAGGACGAGGAGGAGGAGGAGCUGUACCUCAGCGAGUCCUCCGACGACAGCGAGGAUGGGCACGGCGACGGGGAGCUGACGGGGAAGGCCAAGUUCCAGCACACGCUGGAGCUGGUCGGGGAGCAGCUGAGGAGGCGGUCGGACCCGGGGCCGCAGGUGGAGCUCACCUCCUACACGCCCUACGUCUCCCACGGGCUCUCGCCCGCCGGCAUCUCCAAGGCCCACUCCAUGGAGAACGACGCCGACAUCUACGAGCUCAACAUCGUGGUGGACGGCGUGACCUCGCGACCCCCCGAGCAGCAAGUGCCGCUCAUCCGCAUCAAGCCCCCGCGCCGGUCGAAGCUCUCGUCCUCGGCGUCCGACGAGGCGGACGGCGCCGACUUGGCCAAGAGCGCAGGGGGGGACGGGCCCCCUCCUGCCAUCCCGCCCAGGGUGCCGCUGCUUCCGGAAAGGUCCAAGGUCACCCGCCUCCAGGGCAUGGCACCCCUGGGGGGCAUCGCGCUGCCCAUGCCGUCCCCCGACGAGAGGCGCGCCCUGCGUGCGGCGUCACCCCUGCCACCCCUGCCACCCCACCCUGCCAGUCCUCCAGCCAGCCCACACUUCAACAGGCCUGCCCCCCCAGUGCCCCCCAGCAAGCAGGGGCAGAAUGGACUCCGCGGCAGCAGUCAGUCCUUAAACGCCCUCCCCCCAAGCACAGCCUCUUUUGUAGAAGUUGAACAAGAGGAUAGUGACGGAAAAGAAGAUGCUGACAAGCGCAAACCACCGGCAGCACCGCCUAGGAAGCAGUCUAUAGACUGGGAGAGUAUGGAUGAACCUCUGUACCAGACCUACCGCGAGUCGGUCAUCGUCAAGGCCAUCCGGCAGGCGACGGUGUGCCGGAACAUCAGCAAGACCAGCGUGGACUUCCAGAUGGACUACGGGCACCGGCGCGGCUCGGCGGCCUCGGACAUGGGCAGCGUCGGCGGCAGGACGAUGGGCUCCAGGGCCAGCCCCAUCCCCCAGGGCGCCCGCAGCACACUCUGGCAGGACCUGCCGUCCGUCCGGGACAGCGGCAUCCUGGAGACGCUGAGCUCAGACGAGUGCAAGUACCAGGAGAGUAUAUUUGAGGUGAUCACCUCGGAGGUGUCGUACCUGCGCUCGCUGCGCGUGCUGACGGAGCACUUCAUGGACUCGGCCGCGCUGCAGGACACGCUCAUCAUCAGGGACAAGGUGCCGCUCUUCUCCAACAUCCUGCGCAUCCGCGAGGUCAGCGAGAGGUUUCUGAAGGAUCUCGAAGACCGCAUGGAGGAGAGUCUGAUUAUCACGGACAUCUGUGACAUCAUCCACUACCACGCCCAGCACAAUUUCCCCGCCUACAUCGACUACGUCCGCAACCAGAUCUACCAGGAUAAGACCUACACCGCCCUCAUGCACUCGAACGCAGCGUUCGGCGGAAUCAUCGCUCGUCUGCAGGAGUCACCCAAGUGCCAGCGGCUGCCCUUCAUGUCCUUCCUGCUGCUGCCCUUCCAGCGCAUCACCCGCAUCAAGAUGCUGAUCGAGAACAUUCUGAAGAGGACCAAGGAGCACACGGCAGAGGAGCAGACCGCCUCCAAGGCCCUGGCGUCCGUCUCCAAGAUUAUAGACGAGUGCAACACGCAGGUAGGGAAGAUGAAACAGAUGGAGGAGCUGAUUGAGAUCAACAAGAAUCUGCAGUUUGACAAACUCAAGGCUGUGCCCAUCAUUUCUCAAACGCGCUUCCUAGAGAAACGCGGCGAGUUGCAGGAUGUGGCUAAAGGUGGGACCCUCUUCACCCUGCGGUCCAAAUGCACGCCUGUCUUCCUCUUCCUCUUCAAUGACCUCCUCGUCAUCGCCAGUAGGAAGAGCUCGGAGCGGUACGUGGUUCUGGACUACGCCCACCGCUCCCUGGUGCAGGUGAAGCCCAUGGGGGACGAGCUGUCCAGCGGCGGCCUGGUCAACUGCUUCCUCCUCACGCUGCUGGAGAACCACCAGGGGCGCCUGGCUGAGCGCGUGCUCAAGGCUGCGACCGAGUCGGAAAUGCACAGGUGGGUUGCUGCAUUCCCAAAUCCCAACGACGCCGACCGGGAUGCAGAGGAAGUCAUAUAUGAGGACUGGGACUGUCCACAGGUGCAGUGUGUGGAGCAGUAUGUUGCCCAGCAGGCUGAUGAGAUCAGUCUAGAGCCGACCGAGAUCAUCAACGUCAUCCGCAAAACCAACGAAGGUUGGUAUGAGGGCAUCCGUUUGUCUGACGGACAGAAAGGCUGGUUCCCGGUUCCGAACGUUCUGGAGAUUACCAACGAGCAUGUGAGACGCAGGAACCUUCGGGAGCGAUACCGCGUCAUUCAGGCGGCCAGCAUAGUCACCGGCAAGAGCCGGUUGACCCUUUAACAGAAUGGGGAGGAUGAAAGCACAGACAUACUAAUUUAAUAAGCACAUGGACAGAAAACACAUAAGGCUCUGAAGUGCCUGUGAAAGAAUGGACGACUUGCUUCUCAGUGUUUUUUUUUUUAUCAACCACAAGAUGGUUCUCCCAGGAAGAGCCUCUCCAAGCAGUAGGAUUUGGGUCAAAACGAAGGAUGGAAAAACAGGCCACGCACACAGGCCUAAGCCUCUGUCUGGAGCCCUGUGCUCAUGGAAACUUUCCUGCUGUUUGAUUUUUUUUAUAGCUUGUGAAUAUAAUAUAUAUUUUAAAUAUGGAAACACAUUGUGCUAAACCUCCCCAGAGUACAUUUUAUUGUGAAUAUUUCCCCACGGUAACCUGAACGUAGCCCAAAAAAAAAGGUGACCGUUCCUGUCCAAAGGAGCAAGUCACGCAUCUGUCAUUCGCACAGAAAUGAACGUGCUCAUCACACUGCCAAGUGAGUCCCUCCCAUUUCCAUGGUAACUGGCCCAGCCACCCAGCCUCAUUACUGCUCCUGAGGGUUUAAGAAAAGAAAUGAAUUCUAAUCGAUUGUGAGUCAUCCAUCACUGCCAUCCUUGAGAAUCCUCUCACUUCUGCUUGCUGCCAGGCUUCUGCAACGUCUGCCAUAGGUGUAUAUAUACACCAGAGUGCAUGCUGAACACAGCACGGAUGUCUGGAGUCAGACGACGCAUUCUGCCCCCUCUGGUGGAGUGAGUCAUAUCGAACCACUAACUGCGGUUUCUCAGGAAUACUGUUUACUUCCUUCAGACACAUACAUUACAAACUGAAACGCGACAACCAUCCUAUCUUUGGGUUUGUUCACUCUAAAUGAAGAUACUGCUCUUAUGUUAAUCAGAAUUUGUAAUUUUUUUCUAUUAAAAAAGGCUUAGAAUUUUUAAUUGUUAUGGUUAGGUUAGCACUUAAAGGGAUAUUCCGCCAUUUUUGGAAAUACGCUCAUUUUCCA